CAUCUUGUAUUGGCAGCCAGACACUGUCGAUCGGCACAUUCGUUUCAACAUUCCAAUUUCUUUCCAUAUUAUUCUUGUUGCCCUUUUUCUUUUCUUUUUUUUAACUUUUCAGAUUUGAAAUUUCUUCCUUCCUUUCAACAACCCCCGGCACGAUGACGGUUUCUUCUGAUAUUUCAGAAACCAGCAAAGCUGCAUUUACAGCGCUUGCUCCACUUGAGGCGGUAUUGUUUGAUGUUGAUGGAACCCUUUUGGAUUCAGAUCCCAUCCACCACAUUGCUUUUCGAGAAAUGCUUCUAGAGAUCGGUUUCAACAAUGGUGUCCCAAUAGAUGAAGAUUUCUUCUCAAAGAAUAUUGCCGGAAAACACAAUGAUGACAUUGCAGCUGUCCUCUUUCCUGAUGAUAUCGAAAGGGGUUUAAAGUUUUGUGAAGAAAAAGAAGCAUACUUCAGGAAAUUGGUGAAGGAAAAGGUAGAGCCCAUAAAGGGUCUAUAUAAAUUAACUAAAUGGGUUGAAGAUCAUGGGUUGAAACGUGCAGCUGUUACAAAUGCGCCUAGGGAAAAUGCUGAGCUGAUGAUUUCAACUCUCGGUCUUACUGAUUUCUUCCAGUUGGUUAUCAUUGGUGGUGAGUGUGAGCAUGCCAAGCCGGCACCUGAUCCUUACCUAAAGGCAAUUGAGGCUCUCAACGUGUCAAAGGAGCAUACCUUCAUCUGUGAGGAUUCAGUUUCUGGGAUAAAGGCUGGUGUGGCUGCCGGAAUGCCAGUUGUUGGCUUAACCACUAGAAAUCCUGAAAACAUGCUAAUAACAGCAAACCCUACACUUCUCAUUGAAAAUUAUGAAGAUCCUAAACUUUGGGCAGUUUUGGAAGAGCUCGAUAAAAAGGCUUGAAAAAUCAAUCAUAGGCAACACACGUCUAUUUGUUCAUGAAGUUGCUGCAUCAUUAUUGCCUUGCUUGAAAGGCUUAGAUGACUCUUGAUUAGCACCUGCAUGACAUGCUUGGCAUGAUAAUAAUCAGAAACGCUUCUAUUAUAUUCAAUGGCUGUAGAAAUUUGCAGCCAUAAACAAAGAUCAACUCCGGGUCAGUAACUCAGUAUAGCUUCAUUGUGCUUUUACUAUAUUUGAAAACAUAGUAGGUGAUAUCAAUUGUACUUUUUCGAUUGGUUUCUUUUAAUGGGAAUAAUGGUUUUCCUAUCA